AUUGACAGCUAUUUUCCAUUGCUCUACGUCGCGGCGGUGGCUUGGGUUCGGCUGCUGGCUUCUUCCACGACUGCGCAAUUCAAUCCCUCGUUCCCUCACAUUCCCCCACAAUCUGUUCCUUGCUCUAUCUAUUGUGAAUUCGGCUGUCUCGUAUUUCCUGAAUCGCAUGGGUGCAAUUGGCGCUCCGACAUGACUCUAGGCCUCCACGGCUGCCACGAUUAAGGAAGAUGCAAAUUGGUUGCACCGAUGAGCACAGCGACGCUUCAGCCGUCGCAGCAACCGCAGCAGCCGCGAGCAGCCUCAGCUCAAGGCCAUAGGCAAUCUCUGCGACCUGGUAACCCACAAAAUGCUAGAAGCGCCUCCCAUCCUCACCCGAGUCGCCAGCACGAAAAGGAUCUGGUCCUCAACCAUGGCCACGCAGAGAAAUCGAGGCCUGUCAUGCCUCCGGAGGAGAUAUCAAAGGAUCCUGAAAAGAAACAGUUAGGACAAUCAUCAAGACAUUUGAAGCUCAGCGACUUCGAACUGAUGCGGACCCUGGGAACCGGAACGUUUGCUCGAGUGUGGCUGUGCCGAUUUGCCAAUCCUCACCCACAAGACAAAGACAAGGUCUUCGCGUUGAAAGUUCUAAAAAAAGUCGAUGUAAUCAAGUUGAAGCAGGUCGAACAUGUGCGGAACGAGCGAGACGUCCUUGCCGCAGUCGCCGGGCACCCUUUCAUAACGACUCUGGUCACGUCGUUCUCCGAUGACACCUCAUUAUACAUGCUCCUCGACUAUACUCCCGGAGGAGAGAUUUUCUCCUACCUUCGACGUGCGCGGCGCUUCUCCUUCGCAACAGUACAAUUUUAUGCGGCAGAAAUCACUCUGAUAUUGGCUUAUCUACAUGAAGUACAGUUUGUUGCUUAUCGAGAUCUGAAACCCGAGAAUAUCCUGCUGGAUGUGGAUGGCCACCUGAAACUCGUCGACUUUGGGUUUGCCAAAUACCUACCGCCUACCCCCGAUCAAACGUCUCCCAAUAUUCCAAACAAUCACCAUGUUAAGCCGGCUUCAGAGCAUCCCGAGCCGCAGGCGAGCGGAGCAGGCGUCACUUACACUCUUUGCGGCACUCCCGAAUAUCUCGCCCCAGAAGUCAUCCGUAAUACCGGCCAUGGUACGGCAGUCGACUGGUGGGCAUUAGGUAUCUUGGUAUAUGAAAUGCUUAUCGGACAGCCGCCCUUCUGGGACCAAAAUCCCAUGCGGAUUUACGAGCAGAUUGUUGCUGGCCACAUCCGCUUUCCCACCCCGCACCAAUCCCAGCCAGGCCAUCGACAUAGCCUCCACGUUCCGAGAGCAGCACGCGAUUUCAUUCUGGCAUUGUGCAAGACCGAUCCUACUCAACGGUUAGGCCAAAUCGCAGGUGGCAGCAAGAGGGUCAUGGAGCAUUACUUCUUCGAUGGGGUAGAUUGGGAUGAAAUCUACUAUCGGAAACGAAGAGGCCCUAUUAUACCAAGGGUAGAAUGGGCUGGAGAUGCCGGCAAUUUUGACGAAUAUCCUGAUCCGGUGGAAGGCGAGGAGAGUGAAGGUGGUAGAGGCAGAUACACGGACGAGCUACGUGAGGAGUGGGAAGAAGCCUUUAAGGAUUUCUAGACCCAAAGACUGUAUCGCCAUGACGAGGCUCGGUCGGAUCCUUUCUGGGUUGCUCGGAAGGCGACAUAGGACCAUUGAUUUACCGGCAUGUUUGUUAACAUUUUGGUUUUAAGACACCAGGACUUGGGGUACAAGCAAGGGCUGUCUGAUGCACGUGGAAACAAAGUAACCAUUAACUAUAGAAAGUAAAGACCAGAUUGUCUCAAGUG